AUGGCUUCACCGGCAAAGGAUAAGAGCUUGCAGGACCAGCUCCAACUACUAGACAUAAGCAGCUGCGAGUUCCGCAGCGGUGAGGUGCCGGAUCCAGGCGGCGGCGAUGGCGACGACGGAGCCAAGUCACAGCUUCAACGCACUGAAACGCCUAAGAAGUGUGCCCAUCAGUCGUCAUCAUCCUCCGGCAAUACCGUUCGAAAAAUGCCCCUCAGUGGAACUCCAACCGCGACUGUUCUCGCCGGCAACUUGUACUCUAACUCCCGAAACGACAAAGACCUCCGGAAAACAGCGAAUGAUUCCAGCACCAAGAGCUCUGAGCGUAACACCACGCUCGCGUACCUGCCAGGAUCAGUUGCGCGUGGCGCACAGCACUUUCCUGCCGCUGAGUGUGCUGCGACGACGACGGCGGCGGCGGCGCCGGCGGCAGCCGUCGCCUCCGUCGGCAGCCCCGAACAUGGAUGCGGCGCUUGUGCCGAUGUGCACAUCGCGCCGGCACACAGCGCCCAGGGAUUCGCCGCCAAGGGCGGCCAGCUGCGCGCACCUUUAGAGAGCGUGGAUGCGGCGGCCAUGGCGGAGGAGCUUCAGUAG